CCAUUUUCCUUCCCCAAUAAAAGGCAUCGCCGCGCAUUUUGCCCAAAAUAUUCUGAAAUCCUCCCCUUCUCUCUGCAAUUCCCUCACCUUUUCACCGUCCGUUUUUACUUCUCAAGAGCAAAGAAAUUGGGUUAGGGUUUUCUGGUGAGCAAGUGAUCCGAUGGCGAACAAGCUCAAGAAUGAGCUCGUAUCCACCGUCCGAUCAAUCGUCGGGUGGGAUCGCUCUGAAAUGGAGGUCGUCAGAGCCCUGCACAUGGCCAAAUACGACGCCACCGCCGCCAUCAACAUAAUCUUGGACUCUCCCCCUCCUUUGAAGCCCAAGGAGGAAAGGCUCGACUCAAAUUCUCCGAAACCAAGUUCUAAUAUGGUAUCGAGUUCUGACAGACGGAUAAAGACAGAGCAAGUGGAGGAUGACGGUGGUAUUGGCGACUACGGUAAAUAUAUUUCCCCUGCUAGAUUUGCUAGUGGCAGUAAAUAUAUUAGCACGUCUCCUCCUGAAAGACUGAUAAAGGCAGAGAAAAUGGAGGAGGAUGAUUGUAGUUUUAUCCGGAAAUCAAUGAAGACUGAGAAAGUGGAGGAUGAUUGUAGUUUUGUUUAUAAAUCGAUUUCUAAACCGAUAAAGGCUGAGAAAGUGGAGGAUGAUUGUAGUUUUGUUUAUAAAUCGAUUUCUAAACCGAUAAAGGCUGAGAAAGUGGAGGAUGAUUGUAGUUUUGUUCAUAAACCGAUUUCUAAACCGAUAAAGACUGAGAAAGUAGAGGAUGAUUGUAGUUUUAUCUGUAAACCGAUGAAGAUUGAGAAAGUGGAGGAUGAUUGUUGCAUUAUUGGUAGCAAUGAGGUUACCAGCAGAACUCGUCCGGUCAAAAUUGCAAGGAAAUCUAGGCUUGGAGGUGAAUGGUGGCUUGUGGAAUGCUGUGAUGUGGCUGGGUUCUCUACUUGUAAAGGGAGGAAGGUGCAAGCUGGUGAUGAAGUUAUUUUCACGUUUCCGUUGAACAGUGCUGCUGGAUUGAGUAAAGCAUCUCUGGCAAACAAGGGUUUUGGGAGGGGGAGGCAGAUGGCAGUGGCUUCUUCAGAGAUUGUGAGGUUCUCAACCAAAGACUCAGGAGAGAUUGGUCGGAUACCUAAUGAAUGGGGUCGAUGUUUGCUGCCCCUUGUGAAGGAUAAUAAAGUUAAGAUUGAGGGAUGGUGUAAGUCUGCUCCUGCUGUGUUGGGUAUCAUGUCUACCAUUCAUUUGUCAAUAAGCGUCUACAUAAAUAGCUCCAUGUUUCAUAAGCAACAUCAGGCCUCACUCAAGGCAGCCAGUGCUGCUACAGAGGAAUUGACUGUUCAUCCUCUCCCUAGUUUGUUUCGGUUGCUUGGCCUGACUCCUUUUAAGAAGGAUGGUUCUGUUCUUCCUGCCUCAUUGUUACCUGUCAACAAGUUGAAGAAGUCUCAAAGUGGAAAUGAGGAUUCCAUCUCAGAUGCUGAUCUCGACAAUAUUGUCGGUGUUGGACACAACUCUGAAUUAGAGGAAAUGGAUCCUCCUAGCACCCUUCAGUGUGAGUUGCGCCCUUAUCAAAAGCAGGCUCUCCACUGGAUGUUCCAGGUGGAGAAGAGACAUUGCAUGGAUGAGGCAGCUCCAACGCUUCACCCUUGUUGGGAGGCAUAUCACCUAGCAGAUGAGAGGGGUCUUGUUGUCUACUUGAAUGCAUUUAGUGGUGAUGCCUCAAUAGAAUUCCCAAGCACACUGCAAUUGGCCAGAGGAGGGAUUCUGGCGGAUGCAAUGGGGCUUGGAAAGACAGUUAUGACAAUAGCUCUUCUACUUACUCAAUCAAAGAGAGGUGGGCUAUCAAAUAGUCAAUCUAUGCAGCAACCUUCCAAUGGAAAUGAAACCAGUGGUGUUUCAGAUCAAUCACCUAGCAUCCUGGAAAGAACAAAAAUUUCAGACCAUGAUAAGAUUUUGAAUCCAAAAAAUGAGCUUGUGAAUGGCGGCAAUCUGAUUAUAUGUCCCAUGACUCUUCUUGGCCAGUGGAAGGACGAGAUAGAAACUCAUGCGCAAUCUGAGUCUUUGUCCUUAUGUGUUCAUUAUGGUCAAGGUAGACUUAAGGAUGCCCAGAAUCUUACUCAGUAUGAUGUUGUAAUCACCACAUAUGGAGUGCUUGCUUCAGAAUUUUCAGCUGAGAAUUCUGAAGGUAAUUCAGGACUUUAUUCGAUUCGGUGGUUGAGGGUUGUUCUUGAUGAGGCACAUACUAUAAAGUCCUCUAGAAGUCAACUUUCCAGGGCUGCUACUGCUUUGGUUGCUGAUCGUCGCUGGUGUCUGACUGGAACUCCUAUCCAGAACAAUCUGGAAGACAUAUACAGUCUUCUCCGGUUUUUAAGGGUAGAACCUUGGGGAAAUUGGGCAUGGUGGUAUAAACUCAUCCAAAAGCCAUUUGAGGGAGGUGAUGAGAGAGGGCUAAGGGUGGUUCAGUCCAUCUUAAAGCCAAUUAUGCUAAGGAGGACGAAGUCUAGCACAGAUCGAGGAGGCAGGCCAAUUCUAGUUCUUCCUCCAGUUGAUACUAAGGUGAUUUACUGUGAGCUUAGUGAAGCUGAAAAAGACUUCUAUGAGGCAUUGUUUAAAAAAUCUAAGGUGAAGUUUGAUAAAUUUGUUGAGCAAGGACGGGUUCUUCAUAAUUAUGCUAAUAUAUUGGAGUUACUUCUCCGUCUUCGUCAAUGUUGUGAUCAUCCGUUUCUUGUAUUGAGUCGAGGUGAUACCCAAGAGUACUCUGAUCUCAAUAAGCUGGCUAGACGAUUCCUUAAGGGCAGGCAGGAUGGCAAUGAAGAGGAAACCAAUGAUGCUCCUUCAAGGGCAUAUGUUCAACAGGUUGUUGAAGGACUGAGCAAGGGGGAACAAGGAGAGUGUCCAAUAUGUCUUGAAGCACUUGAAGAUGCUGUAUUUACACCAUGUGCUCACUGCCUAUGCAGAGAGUGCCUAUUGUCAACUUGGCGAAAUGCAACUUCUGGUUUAUGUCCUGUUUGCAGGAAAACUAUCAGUAAGCAAGAUCUUAUUACAGCUCCAACUGGGAGUCGAUUUCGGGUUGAUAUUCAUAAAAAUUGGGUGGAAUCUUGCAAAGUUACUAUUCUAAUGCAAGAACUUGAAAAACUUCGCUCAUCAGGCUCUAAGAGCAUCCUCUACAGCCAGUGGACUGCGUUUUUGGACCUCUUGCAGAUUCCUCUUUGUCGGAAUAAUAUUCCAUUUCUCCGUCUUGAUGGGACUUUAAGUCAAAAGCAGCGUGAGAGAGUAAUAAAACAGUUUUCAGAAGAUAGCAACAUCCUGGUAUUGUUGAUGUCACUUAAGGCAGGUGGAGUUGGAGUAAAUCUAACAGCAGCUUCCAAUGCUUUUGUCUUGGACCCAUGGUGGAAUCCGGCUGUAGAAGAACAAGCUGUUAUGCGCAUUCAUCGUAUUGGGCAGACUAAAAGCGUGACCAUUAAACGUUUCAUUGUGAAGGGAUCCGUGGAAGAAAGAAUGGAAGCUGUGCAAGCACGUAAACAGAGAAUGAUUGCAGGUGCCUUGACUGAUCAAGAGGUUCGGUCAGCACGUAUAGAGGAGCUGAAAAUGCUUUUCACUUGAAACCAUUGAAGAAGCCCGGUGAACUAAGAUGGUAGGUUGUAGUUCCUGCAUGGUGCUAUUUCUUAUCAUAUAUUCGAAGACCGGGCAGAAUUCAGCACUCAAAAGAACAAAUUGUGCUAGUAUAUAGCGGUAGAGGGCAUCUAUGAUUUCCAGUGUAUAUUUUUUUUACCAGAGUAGGGAGGGGAUUUGGACUCAGGUCAUGUACUUGAGCAUGCACCCAUCAAACCACUUGGGUCAGAAGCUUGGGUGCAGAUUUUCAGGGUAUAUAAUCUAAUUCUAAUCUUUUGUGUUAUUUUCUAUCAUUUCUUAGGAAUUAAGUUUUUCUGUUAGA